UCAGGCCGGGGUCGGGGUCGGGGUCGCGGUCGCGCCCGCCCGGCCGGGCGGCGGUUGGGCGGCCCGGGGCGGUGCUGACGACAGGCCCGCCCGCCCGCGCGGCCGGGGAGGCGGGACGGGGCGGGGCGCCCGCUGCUUCCCGGCCGCAGCCAUGGCCGACGAGACCCCCAGGAAGGGCGCCCUGUCGGCGCUCGUCGGGCACACCAACGGCCUCACCAAGCCCGCGGCCCUGGCCGCGGCCGCCGUGUCGCCCAAGCCCGCGGGCGGCGGCGGCUCCAGGAAACUAGUCAUCAAGAAUUUCCGAGACAGACCCAAACUGCCGGACAACUACACGCAGGACACUUGGCAGAAGCUCCACGAGGCGGUGAGAGCCGUGCAGAGCAGCACCUCCAUCAGGUACAACCUGGAAGAGCUGUACCAGGCUGUCGAAAAUCUCUGUUCUCACAAAGUCUCCCCAACACUCUACAAACAGCUGCGCCAGGUCUGUGAAGAUCAUGUCCAAGCACAGAUCCUUCAGUUUAGAGAAGACUCACUAGAUAGUGUUUUAUUUUUAAAGAAGAUUAACACAUGCUGGCAAGAUCAUUGCAGACAAAUGAUCAUGAUCAGAAGUAUUUUCCUGUUUUUGGACCGCACUUACGUACUGCAGAAUUCCAUGCUUCCUUCUAUCUGGGAUAUGGGAUUGGAGCUUUUUAGAAACCAUAUCAUUAGUGAUAAAAUGGUUCAGAGUAAAAGUAUUGACGGGAUUCUGCUAUUAAUUGAAAGAGAAAGAAGUGGUGAAGCCGUGGAUCGGAGUUUGUUAAGAAGUCUGCUGAGUAUGCUCUCUGACCUUCAGGUAUAUAAAGAUUCAUUUGAAGUGAAAUUUUUGGAAGAAACUAAUUGUUUAUAUGCUGCAGAAGGCCAGAGAUUAAUGCAAGAAAGAGAGGUUCCAGAAUAUCUUAACCACGUAAGUAAGCGUUUAGAGGAGGAAGGAGACCGAGUAAUCACGUACCUAGACCACAGCACACAGAAACCACUGAUUGCUUGUGUGGAGAAACAGCUGUUAGGAGAACAUUUGACAGCAAUUCUGCAGAAAGGGCUCGACCAGCUGCUGGACGAGAACCGAGUGCCCGACCUCACCCAGAUGUACCAGCUGUUCAGCCGCGUGAAGGGUGGGCAGCAGGUCCUGCUGCAGCACUGGAGCGAGUACAUCAAGACUUUCGGGACAACAAUUGUCAUCAAUCCUGAGAAAGACAAAGAUAUGGUACAGGACCUGCUGGAUUUUAAGGACCGAGUGGACCACGUGAUAGAAGCAUGCUUCCAGAGGAACGAGAAGUUCAUCAACUUGAUGAAGGAGUCCUUUGAGACGUUUAUCAAUAAGAGGCCGAAUAAGCCCGCAGAACUGAUAGCAAAACAUGUUGAUUCAAAAUUGAGAGCGGGUAAUAAAGAAGCAACAGACGAGGAGCUGGAGAGGAUUCUCGACAAGGUCAUGAUAAUAUUCAGGUUCAUUCACGGGAAAGAUGUCUUCGAAGCAUUUUAUAAAAAAGAUUUGGCAAAAAGACUCCUUGUUGGAAAAAGCGCCUCAGUAGAUGCUGAAAAAUCUAUGUUGUCCAAACUAAAGCACGAGUGUGGCGCGGCAUUCACCAGCAAGCUGGAAGGCAUGUUCAAGGACAUGGAGCUGUCCAAGGACAUCAUGGUGCAGUUCAAGCAGUAUAUGCAGAAUCAGAGUGACCCAGGCUCUAUAGAUCUAACCGUGAACAUACUUACAAUGGGGUACUGGCCAACAUACACACCUAUGGAAGUGCAUUUGACUCCAGAAAUGGUUAAACUUCAGGAAAUAUUUAAGACAUUCUAUCUUGGAAAGCACAGUGGUCGAAAACUUCAGUGGCAAACCACGUUGGGCCAUGCUGUUUUAAAAGCAGAGUUUAAAGAAGGGAAGAAGGAGUUCCAGGUGUCCCUGUUCCAGACACUGGUGCUUCUCAUGUUCAACGAAGGGGACGGAUUCAGCUUUGAAGAAAUAAAAAUGGCCACAGGGAUAGAGGACGGUGAGCUGCGAAGAACGUUGCAGUCCCUGGCCUGCGGCAAAGCACGAGUUCUGGUUAAGAGUCCCAAAGGGAAGGAGGUGGAAGACGGGGACACAUUCAUGUUCAACGGGGAGUUCAAGCACAAACUGUUUCGAAUAAAGAUCAACCAGAUCCAGAUGAAGGAAACCAUUGAGGAACAAGCCAGCACCACUGAGAGAGUGUUUCAGGACAGACAAUAUCAGAUUGAUGCUGCUAUCGUCAGAAUAAUGAAGAUGAGAAAGACUCUUGGUCAUAACCUUCUAGUUUCUGAAUUGUAUAAUCAGCUGAAAUUUCCAGUAAAGCCUGGAGAUUUGAAAAAGAGAAUUGAAUCUCUUAUAGACAGAGACUAUAUGGAGAGAGACAAAGACAAUCCGAAUCAGUACCACUACGUGGCCUGAUGUGUCGGCCAGCCGUGUUCUCUCAGCGAGACCCUAGAAUGUAUCUUCAGAGCGGUGAAGCAUUUCUGUGCCGUUCCCAGGACUUCUGAGAUUGAGCCAGCGUGGAGACUUUUGGAUUAGAAGGAAAGGAUGAUUCUCAGAUCACCCUUCACAAAGCUUAGGGGUUUGCCAGCGGCACGUGUGUCUUUCCUCCAGUUCUUCCUCUUACUCUUUUCGGUGUUUAAACUGUCGCAGCUGCUCGGGCAGAAUGACUUUGAGAUUGGACGAGAAGAUAUUGGGUAAAAGAGGUUCCUUUGUAAGGUGUUGCUUUUGUAGCAGAAAGCUGACAGCUUGGUGUGGGGUGUGUGUGUGCGUGUGAUCACAGAUGCACAGUUAGACCCUCCGUGCUGUGUCCGUGGGCUGCAGAGUGGGCUGAUGUGCUCCUGAAGGCGGGGGCUCCUGGUGGAUGGGCAUGUAGGUUGGAAACCAGAGCCCUUCGUUGGCGAGCAUUAGGAAGAAACAGUGUCAAGAACUGACUCCUCAGUUCUGCAACGUCGAUACCGACAUCUGUCCGUUUCCUUUAUCUUCCAUGUUUUUACACUAUGAUGACGGACUUCCCAGAGCGAGGUUUCUCGGCGAGACCCCUCCUUGCGGAGACAGCACUGGGGGCAUGCUCACUGCGGUGAACUCACGAGCGUCUGAGUUGCUUGUGAAUUUUCUGUUUAGGGGUCCAGGGAGCAGUGUGAUUGCACCCACUCUUCUAAGAUUGUGUCUCGCAGCCCCUGCUCUUCGCACCGAGGUGACCACUGUCUGGUUUCCUGACUGUAGUAUUUGUACGAUGGCGUACAGUCGCUCUAACAGAGUUUGGUUUGCUUUACAGCCUUACGCAGGGAAGCUUGUUGUCCACGCUGUGACCACUGUAAGGUGUGGCGGGAGACACUCGAGUCCUGAUGUUGGGAAGGUGGUUUUGUCAAAAGAUUAAAGGAUUUUGUUGGCACCUGGUUUCAUGUUGUGUGUGUACAGGUGAGGUUGUGUGGGGGCCGACGAUGUCAGUACCGUGAACUGUAACAAAGAUCCUUUUCUGGUAACAUUUCAGAGUACUUUAUAUUUUACAUAAUAGCAUGUUUCACUUUGAUUAAAAGCUACCAAAGGAAUUUUGAUCAUGGUAUAAGUGUUUAAAGCAAUAUUUUCUGGGAUAUACCAAGUUUAUAUAAUUUGAUUUUGUGCUAAAUUGUUAAAAACUUCUCCCUUUUUGAAACAUGCGUGUUUAAAAUAUGACAUCUUAUGGGUUUCCAUGUGAAAAUCUCGCCCUUCAAGUAUCCUCAUUAUUUCUAUAUUUGUAAAUUUUCAUUUGUGAGUUCUAUGAUUUGUGGUCUAUAAAGACCAAAUAGAUUUCUACUUCUUAAAUUUUAUGUUCAUUAUUUCUAGAGAUUGUUAAUAUUGUAAUUUAAUGUAGACUUACUCUGAAUAAAAUUAGUUUAAUUGGCCUUAAAAUUACAUUAAUAAAACUUGUGCUGUGUGAACUACA